CCUGUCUGGCUUUCAUGGGCUACAGACGACAAUUCUCACGCAGCUGCUGGACGGUUUUCUGAUAUUUAAAUCUUUGUGAGGGAUGGAGGACAACGGGGACGACGUCUGCUAUUCUACAGUCUGCAUCAAAAAUGGCAAACCUCCUGAAAAGCGAGAGGAGGAGGACAUGACCAUUUAUUCUGAAGUGAAAACAAAGAAAACUGCUCCUGCUGAACCAAUCAGCAUGACGAUGAUCAAGCAGCAGGCAGAAAUCAGUGACCUUUCCACAAAAAACCAGCAGCUGACUGUAGAAAGAAAGACGAUGGAGAACCAGACAGAGGAGCUGAGCCGAGAGAGAGAUGAACUGAACCGGACCUUUCAAUCCAUCCUGACCUUCGACACCUUUCCUGUUAAAGACUUCUGCCCAGACAAAAAGUGCCAGCCCUGUCAGAAAGGCUGGAAAAUCUUCCAGGAAAAAUGUUACCUUUUUUACGACGAACGAAGCUCUUGGAAAACGUGGAGGGAAAGUCGGGCGUACUGUCAGAGAAAAGCAGCAGAUUUGGUUGUCAUCGAUGAUCUGCAGGAGCAGAUGUUUGUCAGCAAUCACACCAAAUACUACUAUGAUAAGUACCAUGGAUACUGGCUGGGGUUACGAGAAACUGACAACAACUGGAUGUGGGUUGAUGGACGUGAUGACACUCUGGGGUUCUGGAUGAAGGAUGACUUUGGUUCUUCAGGUCCAGUUGUACUGCUGAUCCCUGGGAGAAACCCGACGCAGAGCUGGGACAAAGCACAACAAGACUUUAAGAACAAAUUUAUCUGUGAGCGUCAAGUUCUGCUAAAGUCCUGAUAAAUAACAAUGUUCUCUUUAUAUCUAACGCAGGAAUACUCAACUUUCAUAAAUAUUAACAGAACCUCAGCUGUUGAAACAACUGUCUUUCCCCUUUCUGGUAAAGAUUUUCAGAAUUUCAACAUUUCCUCUACGCUCUCGUUGGCAAACAAAUUUCUACUAAAACUACCUGCUCAUUUUGCAUGUGUGUGUGUUGGCAAGGGUUCCUCGUGACUGUUAAAGUCAACAUCAUCAUUUAGGUUCUUUUUUUUUUUUUUUUUUUGCUGUCUUAUUAAAUGUAAGGCCUGAUGAAUUCUUUAUUUCUCUUGCCACCAGUAGCUGCACAUGUUCAGUCAAACAUUUUCAGAUAAAAACUAGAUCUAAAGACUUGUGAUUUCUGCAUUUUUUUAUUUCUUUUACUUAUUUAAUAAAAAAAACGGUUCUGGUAAAUAUUCUGUUUAACUCUUGCUGCAGUUCAUCUUGCUGAACUUCUGCUCCUCCUGGAAGAUGUCACAUCUAAACAUAGAAAUAGCCAUUUGGGUGUAGCUUUUAUAAAUGGAGAGUAGUAGGAAAAAGUAGCAAAGUGGGGAAAAGUGGUCAUGAAGCAGCCUAAGCCUAGAGCAGCAUGAUCAAGAGCUCUGGAUAAUUGAACCGACUUUAGGUUUUAUCCAGACUGGAGGUUUCAAGGCUGGUAAUAAAGACAAAAUAGUAACAUAUAUUGUUUUUUAUGCAUUGGUCCACAGAGCAGCAGACAUUAAGUCACUCAGGGGACCUAAAGCUAUUUUGGUUUGUAAUGUUUGCAGAUUUUCUGCUGCAGUACUGAAUUUCUUGCGUCACAUAGAUUUUUCUUUUUGUUUUGUUUUUUUUGCUCUUGCUAUCCUGUUUUUAAAGUGGAAACUCUUUUAAGACUAAAGGUAAAUCGCGUUUUAAUUUUGUAUUCGUUUGAUAUAUCAAUGUUUUCACUAAUAAAGCAUUUGUACCACUUACAAUCGUGACUGUAGAAGAGUGACAAAGCUAGUGUGGCCACAAGGGGGAGCUAUACAUCAUUUUGUCGCAGAGUUGAAUAAAAGAUCCCCUUUUACUAAAAUGUUAUAUAAAUAAAGACAUUUUUUUUGUUUUGUUUGCUUGUUUUUUUUGUAUUUAUUGGUCAUGGUUUUCCCAUUUUUCUUUAUAUUUAUUAUUUUGAUAAAGGCCUAUAUUUUAGUAUGCAGCUAUGUGCAGCAGUUUGUUCCAGCUGUGAUUGUUUUAAAGAGCUUUAUAAAUAAAGUUUCUACAGCAUGAUG